AUGGCUAUGGAGAAGAGUAAAUCUUCUCCAGCCGCCAGAGCUAGCAAGAAAAUUGUCCUUCCAGAUCCAAGUAUACGAAGCGUGAUGCACAAACAUCUCCUUAAAAAUGGUGUUGUAACUUUUGAUCACAUCUUCGACCAAAGGAUUGGUUACCUUUUAUUUAAGGACUAUUGCAAUAAUGGAAGUGAUGUACCUAUCCAGGAAAUCAACUUUUAUGAAGAGAUUAAAAAGUUCCAAGCUAUGGAUAAAGAUGAAGAUCGAAUUAAACAAGCAAGAGAUAUUUACGAUCAGUUCAUUAUGCGAGAAUUGCUUGCUCAGUGUCAUGACUAUACAAAGACAGCGGUUAACAAUGUGCAGGAUGCACUUACCAAAGCAAGGAAAACAAAAAAGCUUGAUGUGGUUGUUUUUAAUAAAUACAAAGAUGAACUUAGGAGAAAAUUAAAUAAAGAGGUUUUUAGCAAAUUUAUUGAAAGUGACCGGUACACACGAUACCUACAAUGGAAGAAUCUAGAACUGAAUAUUAAUUUAACCAUGAAUGAUUUCAGUGUACAUAGAAUUAUUGGACGGGGAGGAUUCGGUGAAGUGUAUGGGUGCAGAAAAGCAGAUACUGGCAAGAUGUAUGCUAUGAAAUGCUUGGACAAGAAGAGAAUUAAGAUGAAGGGUGGUGAAACUUUGGCAUUAAAUGAAAGAAUCAUGCUAUCUCUAGUCAGUACAGGGGAAUGUCCAUUCAUAGUGUGUAUGACAUAUGCAUUUCAAACCCCUGAAAAACUGUGUUUCAUUCUUGAUUUGAUGAAUGGCGGUGAUCUGCAUUACCAUUUAUCACAGCAUGGUGUUUUCUCAGAACAGGAAGUAAAGUUUUAUGCAGCAGAAGUAAUAUUGGGUUUGGAACACAUGCAUGUACGAGGUGUUGUGUACCGAGAUCUGAAGCCUGCCAAUAUCCUCUUGGAUGAAUCAGGACAUGUGAGGAUUUCGGACUUAGGACUUGCCUGUGAUUUUUCAAAGAAGAAACCUCAUGCCAGUGUGGGCACCCAUGGGUACAUGGCACCAGAAGUUUUAGCCAAAGGUGUUGCUUAUGAUUCCAGUGCAGAUUGGUUUUCAUUUGGUUGCAUGCUUUACAAACUAUUAAAAGGGCACAGUCCAUUUAGGCAGCACAAGACUAAGGAUAAACAUGAAAUUGACCGAAUGACCAUGACAAUGAAUGUGGAAUUACCUGAUUCCAUGUCAACAGAAAUGAAAUCCUUACUGGAAGGUCUUUUAAAGAGAGAAGUCGAAGAGAGAUUAGGAUGCAAAGGAAAAGGUGCAAAAGAGUUGAAGGAACAUGAAUUCUUCAAUGAUAUGGACUGGAACCAAGUAUACCAACUUCGUUAUCCACCCCCAUUGAUUCCACCCCGUGGAGAAGUUAAUGCUGCCGAUGCAUUUGAUAUUGGCUCUUUUGAUGAAGAUGAUACCAAAGGAAUCAAGUUGCUUGAAGCUGAUCAGCAGUUGUAUGAGAACUUCACUUUGACUGUGUCAGACCGAUGGCAGCAAGAGAUUACUGAAACAGUAUUUGAAACUGUAAACAAUGAGACAGACAAACUUGAAAUGAAGAAGAGACCCAAAAGAGAUGAUCCAUGUGAAAAAGAAUCUCUAAAUAGACAAGGGAAAAGAAAAGCGCUCAGGCAUACCUACAAUAUUUCUUUUCUUUUUCUUUCUUCCAUUUUGGAAAUAUUGUCAUUUGCUAGCAAGAAUGCAUCCACCACUUGUCCACUUGAUUCUCUCUCUCUCUCACUCUCUCUCUCUGAGCUGGUUGAAGGCUGUAGCCCAAGUAUUGAUCUGCUUCUUUCUUGGGGAUGGGGAAGAGCUGUGUAUACAAACAUUCAGCCAGCCUCUCCUUCUGCUUUCUCUCUUUCCUUCCGUUUUCUUUCUCUCUCCUCUUCUCUUUCUCCUCCCCCACUCUCUCUUUCCUUCCGCUUAUCUCUACCUCUCUUCUUCUUCUUCUCCAUUAUCUCUCCUUUAUCUCUCCCAUCUUCUCCUUUUUCUCUCUCUCUGCUUUUCCUCCCCUUUUUCUUUCUCUCUCCUUUUCCUCCCCUUUUUCUCUCUCUCCUCUUCCUCCCCUUUUUCUCUCUCUCUCCUCUUCCUCCCCUUUUUCUCUCUCUCUCCUCUUCCUCCCCUUUUUCUCUCUCUCUCCUCUUCCUCCCUUUUUUCUCUCUCUCUCCUCUUCCUCCCCUUUUCUCUCUCUCACCUCUUCCUCCCCUUUUUCUCUCUCUCUCUUCUCUUCCGCCCCUUUUUUCUCUCUCACUCUCCUCUUCCGCACCUUUUUCUCUCUCACUCUCCUCUUCCGCACCUUUUUCUCUCUCACUCUCCUCUUCUUCCGCACCUUUUUCUCUCUCUCUCCUCUUCUUCCCCACCUUUUUCUCUCUCUCUCCUCUUCUUCCCCACCUUUUUCUCUCUUUCUCCUCUUCUUCCCCACCUUUUUCUCUAUCUUUCUCUCUAUCACCCCAACCAAUUUCAUUUCUUCUGACUUUACCUGGUUUUUCAGACUGCUCUCACUCGAAGCGUUCCGGCAUGUCCUCUAUUGUCAUGACCUACCUCCAUGUCAAGCGCAUAUCUAAUAUGUUUUUGAUGUGCUCUCGACAUGGUCCCACUUAUGUAUUAGAUGACGAAGCACCUCUUGGCCCUGGGGACAAAGAAAAUGAGGAACUGGAUCUUACAACUGCUGCAGUCUGUCUUCUCAUCACUAAACACAACCACACUUGCCAUCUCUCUCUUUCCACCCUCUUCCAACCACCAUCAGCUAGAGAGACUGCAGCAUCUACUCACAACCACCACCAUAUAUUAUUCUUUAGCAGACUCCAGCCAACCUCCAUCUGGUUGAUCUCUCUCUUUCUCUUUCUCUUGUACAUGUUUUAUUUCUUUUCAUUUCCAGACACUUUUCUCUUCAUAAGUUUCUUGCCUAUUUCUCUCAUCUUUCAUUCUUCUGUCUUUUUUCACUUCCCUUUCCCAUUAGCACAUUACAAGCCUAGGCACUUACGACUCUAUCCAAAUCGCUUAGAGUUCUAUCAGAAAAACCGUGAUGGUGGAAUCCAGAAGAACAAGGUGGAGCUCAUCACAAUGUAUGAUAUAAAAGAAGUGUGCCAUGAUUUCCAGAAAUUGAACAAAGCAGAUAAUUGUAUUGUGAUGAUUUUGAAGAAUGAAACGAAACUGGUGAUAACCUCACAGGACAAAGUAUUGAUAAACCAGUGGAAGGAAGAAAUCUUAGGUGGAUUCCGUGCUUCAACGAAGAUGCAGUCAAAAAUGAACAAAAAGGCCAGCAAGUUAUAUGGAGCAGAUGUCCCCAUUGAACACAGGAAUAGCAAUGGCAGUUAG